AUGUUUUCCCAGUUUGUCACUGCGGCAAAGGGUCUUUUUAAGCGACAGGAUUCCGACGAAGCCUUCCCGACCAGGCCCAGCACCCCCGCUACUACCCGAUCAUUGCAGAACGAAAGUACCAAAAAACCGAAGAUGGUGACGGCUACUCGGCGAGGAAAUAUCGACGCCACCAAGGCAGCGGCGGAGCACAGCAAUAAUAAUUCCCCUGUUACGAAAGGAAAGCGGAAGUCUGGAUCUAUGAACGCCGGGAAAGCAGAUACCCCGAUCAACAAGCGAAGGAAGAGAAGCAGCCUUGAAGCAGCUGAAGAAAAAGAGGCAGAGUCGUCGAAUGAAGAGCCAAAGGUCGAGGAUAAGCCAGCUGCUCCUGCGAAAGCUGGCCACGUGAGGUUUGGCAGUGAAGAGCCCGAAGAACCUGUGCAAGAAGAGGAGGUUCCCGAGCCCCAACAGGACCAGAAAGAUGACGACGAAGAGAGCAGUGACGAUGAGGCACCAGAGACUAUCGACAACUCAGCUCAAUUGUCGAAGAUCAAAUCAGAGGCUAAGAAGCAGGAAGCUGCUAGACAGGUAGAGGAGCAAUUGAAGAAAGAGAAGCGAAAACAACUGGAUGAGCGCCGCAAGUUGCAAGCGAAAUCCAUCAAAAAGAAAGAAGCCUUGGCUGCUGCACCCAAACCAGGAUCUGGUGCUAUCCCAGAUGAUUUGCUUUCAGAAAGUACGGCAACUCUUCAAGGCUCGACCACACAAGAUGCGCGGCGACUCGCUCUCCCCGCUCUGCUUCCUGAUGAUAUUUUGAGCGCGGCACCCGAUACAAGACCCCCGACACCACCCGCAGAAGAAUUCAAUUUCGGACAUAAGAAACCCAAUAAGAUGAGGUUCUUCGAUAAGGCAGAGCAUGCCCCCAAGGAUGUGAAAAUGGGCGAUGUGACCAUUCGUGUAUUGGAUGGAGAGGCAUCUCAGAAGAAGCCCAAGACAACUUUGCCCCCGAAGGCUUCAAAGGCUGGACGCAAUUCCAAGCAGAAUUGGCUCAACAGGAGUCGCAGCACAGCACACGUCAAUGGUCUGAGAAGGACCACCGGCGGCUCCUCGGGAUUCGUGCGCAAAUGA